GAGGCUCUGCAGCGUCAACUAAAAUUGAAAAUGAACAACAAGGUAAACUAUCUGCCACAUGCAGAUGCACCCCAAGAUGCUAUCAUCAACAAUGCCGAAGAUCCAAGCCAACCUCAUGCAAAUGUAGACCUUGAAAUUCAGGACAGUGCAAGAGAAGACAGAAAUGAACUUCCCCCAGCAGGGGCUAAGGAUGUUGAACUAAAAAGCAAAAAAGAAGAGCCAAAAAGGCCUAGUACUACUUCAGAACCAACCAACCAGCCCUCUCCAGCUGCUGUUAAAGCAACUGAAGAUGCUGUCAUCAAGGAGGCCAGAGACUCAACAGGUGACGAUCCAAACCAGCUUCAUGCAGAUAUAGACACUGGAGUUCAAGAUAGUACAAGAGAAGACAAAAACAAAUCUCCAGUCCCCAUGGAUUUAAAACGUCAAAGCAAAACUACAGAGACAAGUAAGCCCACUAUUCCAGAAGAGACUAGUCAGCCCUCCCCAGCUGCUGCAACACUUGAAGAUGCGACUAACGAGGCAGAUAGAAACUAUCCCCCAGCCCCCAAGAAUGUUGAACAUGAAAGCAAAACUAAAGAGAAAAAUAGGACUACUGCUCCAGAGAUGACCAACCAGCCCCGCCCAGCUGCAGCACAAACACCUGCAGAUGCUAUCAUCAACAAUGCCGAAGAUCCAAGCCAACCUCAUGCAAAUGUAGACCUUGAAAUUCAGGACAGUGCAAGAGAAGACAGAAAUGAACUUCCCCCAGCAGGGGCUAAGGAUGUUGAACUAAAAAGCAAAAAAGAAGAGCCAAAAAGGCCUAGUACUACUUCAGAACCAACCAACCAGCCCUCUCCAGCUGCUGUUAUAGCAACUGAAGAUGCUGUCAUCAAGGAGGCCAGAGACUCAACAGGUGACGAUCCAAACCAGCUUCAUGCAGAUAUAGACACUGGAGUUCAAGAUAGUACAAGAGAAGACAAAAACAAAUCUCCAGUCCCCAUGGAUUUAAAACGUCAAAGCAAAACUACAGAGACAAGUAAGCCCACUAUUCCAGAAGAGACUAGUCAGCCCUCCCCAGCUGCUGCAACACUUGAAGAUGCGACUAACGAGGCAGAUAGAAACUAUCCCCCAGCCCCCAAGAAUGUUGAACAUGAAAGCAAAACUAAAGAGAAAAAUAGGACUACUGCUCCAGAGAUGACCAACCAGCCCCGCCCAGCUGCAGAACAAACACCUGCAGAUGCUAUCAUCAACAAUGCCGAAGAUCCAAGCCAACCUCAUGCAAAUGUAGACCUUGAAAUUCAGGACAGUGCAAGAGAAGACAGAAAUGAACUUCCCCCAGCAGGGGCUAAGGAUGUUGAACUAAAAAGCAAAAAAGAAGAGCCAAAAAGGCCUAGUACUACUUCAGAACCAACCAACCAGCCCUCUCCAGCUGCUGUUAAAGCAACUGAAGAUGCUGUCAUCAAGGAGGCCAGAGACUCAACAGGUGACGAUCCAAACCAGCUUCAUGCAGAUAUAGACACUGGAGUUCAAGAUAGUACAAGAGAAGACAAAAACAAAUCUCCAGUCCCCAUGGAUUUAAAACGUCAAAGCAAAACUACAGAGACAAGUAAGCCCACUAUUCCAGAAGAGACUAGUCAGCCCUCCCCAGCUGCUGCAACACUUGAAGAUGCGACUAACGAGGCAGAUAGAAACUAUCCCCCAGCCCCCAAGAAUGUUGAACAUGAAAGCAAAACUAAAGAGAAAAAUAGGACUACUGCUCCAGAGAUGACCAACCAGCCCCGCCCAGCUGCAGAACAAACACCUGCAGGGUCGACGAUGGACAAAUUCUUCACUGUUGUGACUGGGAAUACUCUGGGGUCUCAUAAGGAAUUAAUUCAUCGUCUCGCUGCCAAAAGACACUUAACUGAAGUGACGUCACUAGAGGAGAGUGAUGUCAUCCUGGCUUUCUGUCCCAUCGUCUCUCGUGCUGGGACUGAUGUUGAAGCAGCACUGCAGCAGAUUCCAGCUGGUAAACCUGUCAUCCUGGUAGUGCUGCAUCACACCUUUGAUCCAGACUACACUGUACCUGACAGUAGCAGACUAGUGACCAGAGGUGAUGUAAUACUCACAGUGGACUGUCUCUUCCAUGAGAGCAACGGACUACCGAAGUGUCCUCGCAAUGAAGAAGCAAUUAGAAAGAUUCUGGCCAGGCCAGAAAUACAGCCAAAGACAAGUAAGCCUGCUGCUCCAGAGAAGACCGGAGAGAUCCCCCCUGCUGCUUCAAAUCCACCUGAAGGUCCCAAGAACUCUGUGAUUACCAGCCAACCUAAACAGCAGGACUAUGCAAAACGGUCGACGAUGGACAAAUUCUUCACUGUUGUGACUGGGAAUACUCUGGGGUCUCAUAAGGAAUUAAUUAAUCGUCUCGCUGCCAAAAGACACUUAACUGAGGUGAUGUCACUAGAGGAGAGUAAUGUCAUCCUGGCUUUCUGUCCCAUCGUCUCUCGUGCUGGGACUGAUGUUGAAGCAGCACUGCAGCAGAUUCCAGCUGGUAAACCUGUCAUCCUGGUAGUGCUGCAUCACACCUUUGAUCCAGACUACACUGUACCUAACAGUAGCAGACUAGUGACCAGAGGUGAUGUAAUACUCACAGUGGACUGUCUCUUCCAUGAGAGCAACGGACUACCGAAGUGUCCUCGCAAUGAAGAAGCAAUUAGAAAGAUUCUGGCCAGGCCAGAAAUGCAGCCAAAGACAAGUAAGCCUGCUGCUCCAGAGAAGACCGGAGAGAUCCCCCCUGCUGCUUCAAAUCCACCUGAAGGUCCCAAGAACUCUGUGAUUACCAGCCAACCUAAACAGGAGACAAGCUGUUGUGACAUUUUCCUCAACAACCACUGUUGCUGUUUUCUACCCUCAAGUGAGACAAGCUGUUGUGGUAUUUUCCUCAACAAUUACUGCUACUGUGUUCUCCCCUCCAGAGUAUGUCCUACAGAGGAUGGGAACACUCCCCUUAUCCAAGAUAAGAGGGCAGGGGACCCAUCAUACAAUUGAAAAGGUAUAAAAUAAAGAAGCGUAUGAACAGUAUUGCAUAAAUUCUGAUUGAUUCUGAUACUUUACAUGUUUCACUGAGCACCACAUACAUUGUGUGGUCCUCUUGUAAUGCAUCCAAUGUCUAUGACUGAAAUCAAUUGCAGGAAGUACAUUUUCUGAUGAAUAUUACAUUAUGUGAGAUUUGUUUUAGGGGGAAUAGACACAUGCAUCUCAAUCAUCUGAAAUUAUCCUACUAUAACAUGUAGUGGUAUAUGCUCUUUCCAAGCCAUUUACUUUAUGUGUAGGCCUAGGCUACAACAUCAAACAAGAACAAGAAAUGUGUGCUUAAAAAUAUGAUUUAUAUAUUGAUAAUGACUGAAAUGGUUAUACCUGUGAUAAAACAAAACAAUAUAUUCAACAGUAUAAACGGGGUAGUUUGGCUCCUGGAUGAAGAUUAGCUAAAAGCUGUCGUAUAUGAGACAUUUGUGCCGCGUUCACGUGCUGGUCGGAACUCGGAAAUGUCUGUUUUGCUAACUGGUUGAAUGCGGCACGUGUACAACCAGUUAGCAAGUUGAAAAUGUCCAAGUUUCUUAGUUCCGACUAGCACGUGAGCGCUGCCUAUAAACCUGGUAGUCUGGGUCCUGGAUGCUGAUUGGUUGAAAGCUUUGGUAUCUCAGACAAUAUACCACGGGUAUGACUUGUUUACUGUUCUAAUUAUGUUGGUAACCAGUUUAUAAUGGCAAUAAAGCACCUUGAGUGUUUGCGGUAUAUGGUCAAUAUACCACGGCUAAGGGCUGUAUCCAGGCACUCCACUUUGCUCUGUGCAUAAAAACAGCCCUCAUGCUGUGUUCGUGACCAAGUUGGAAUUUACCACAUACGACUGGGAAAAAUACACCUGAACGGCCCUCCAACUGGUCAUUACUAGUGGGAAACUCGUCCAUCAACCUGAUCUCCCACUUCUCCCACAUGCUGACCUUUGACAUCGCCUAUUAAGAAAAUUACCUCUAUAACAGCAUUUUCAACAGUUAAAUGCAACAACAAAACAAUUCAUAACAAUUAUAUAGUAACAUGUUUCUUUAACUAUAAUUUGUUUACAAGCAUGAUAGCUGUACUUUUAGUUGAUCGUUUACACAGCUUGUUGGCCAUUAGCCAAUCGCCGUUUCUAAAUGAGUUCAAAGCACGUGAAUGCAUCCACUGGUAAAUUCCCACCUCCCACUUGGUUAUGAAGGCAGUAUCAGCUGUGGUAUAUUGGCCACAGACCACACCCCCUCGGGCUUUAUCACUUAAAUAAUGUACUGUACAUGCCUGAAGACAUGCCUUAAACAUUACUAUGCCUAAUAUAUGAGCCACUUACCGGUAUUAAAAAAAACAAAAGAAGCAAUCAAUAUUAACAUUGUGUAAUGGUAUUUGACCUUUACUUUGUCAGAAAAUGGUGUAUUGUUGUGACAAUAAUGACCUUUUGUGCA